CUGGGGCACAACGGUUCCAUCUCCAAUGUCGCCAAUAUCGCUGUCUGUGGGGCCAGCGUCUUCUUUACUGCCUUCCUCAUCUACAUAUGCAACCGUCGUAAAGCAGCCGUCGGCCGGGUCGAACUCCGCGCAUUUCUCGGUCUAUACCUCCUCACUCUCCCUUUACAACUCUUGACAACGGGAUCGCUGCUUGAACAAGGGUCAACGGCCCUGGUUGUUCUCACUGCUAUUCACGCAGGCGUCGUUGCAGGCCUCUUCUGGGCGUUGCUGGCCAACGCCAUCGUCGCAACACAAGUCGUUGAAGACGGCACGUUGAGCAGUCUGAUUCCCUACUACAUAUUCACAGUCAUAUUCUUUGCCGUGACAACCUACAUCUCUCUCGAUGUUGCCCUCGGAAUAACAACCGCCAUCGGCGGCCUUUCCUCUCCACCGGAAUCGCUCCAUUCUAUACCUUUAUUCGUACUGACGAGCAUAUGGCCAGGCGCAUGUGCCGUCAUAUAUCUCAUUCUGAUGGCCUACAUCGUUCUGCGGGUGCUGAACGAGACAAGGCCGAUGGUGUAUUACAUCUUGAGUGCCGCCCUCUUCGUAUUGAGCCAGCUGGCUUGGUUCUUGUUGAAUAAGGUGAUUUGCAAGGGAUCAUCAGCAAAGGUUGACGGUUCGUUCAUUGCUACCUUGCUCGAGACGGCAGCCGUUGGUGUUUUAUAUCUUGCUUGGAGAAGUAUUACGGAAGGUGAGUUUUGA